AAUAUAUUUAUGAUAUGGUAUUAAAAAUGUGGCUUACGUUUUUCAGAAACAAAAUACUGUAGUUCAUUGUAGUUGUAGGUUUUGCUAACUGCUACUUCAAAUUUCAUUGUUUCUUUGGCAUUGGAUCAAGGAAAGCAGUGUUCAAGUUUUAAGGUUGCAAAAGUGUCAAGGAGGUAAGUAUUUAAGGUCAUUGAAAUAUUGAAGGUCUCUCUUACUGUUUGCAGCAUGCUUUAAUAUUUGUGUUAUAGAAGCAUUCGGUGGUUCCCAGUCUGUUAGGGCUCCAGUUUGCCUACUAAGUCUGCUGCUGUUUACCAGUGUUAUUCCCACCAGUUUACUAAAAACCAGUCCCUAAUGGGAUGCAACAGUUUGAUUGGAGCACACCUGGUGUGAAUCCAAGGCAGCCUAAUGAUUCCAAGGUCUCAUCUGUUGGUGGUUUUCCCUAUACUUUAGAUGUGUUUUUCUCUAAGGAGUUAUUGGUAGCCCAGGCUGGCUCAUAUGAGAGACAGGAGGUAACCACAGCUCACGUAGGCACACGUUUACUAGUUUACACUAGCUGGUUUGUGUACUUGCAGUGCUGGCACUGCAGAUCUUCACAGUGCCAGACAGCUGGGAUAAACACCUGGGCUUUUAGCAGAAGUUGAAUUCCACGCUGACAUGGCUACACUGCUCUCAGCACUCCUGCUGGCGAGUUUCGAUAAUGGAGUUGGUAUGUGAUACUGUGGUUUUUUAGAUGGUGUAGUUCUUCAUUACCGUUGGCAGACAAAAACCAGACAAGAUAGUUAACUUUUCCCUGUCUCUCCUGUUAGUCCCAGCCACAGUGAAGGGUUUGGUUGUGCUUCUCCAGAAGAAUGAUCAGCAUGAGUUGCAUCAAAAUUAUGGGAACUUUUCUGUGUGCUGCUAUUUUACAUGAUAGAGCUCUCAAGACUGGAAUAAUUUUAUGAGCAAGAAGACUUCUAAAUUACAUCAGUGCUCCAAGAUACAAAGAAAUAGUAUUCAGAGUAACCUGGAAGAUCUUUUGAAGUCACUAAAAAUCUGAUAACUGAGAGCCAUAAUGGCAGCCACAGGAGAUGGGCCACAUUCGAGGGAAGAUCUGGCAGAUGCAAAAUCUAUUCCUGCUUCCAAAGGAAGGAACCUACCUGCUAGCAAGUCUAUGGACUCUGGAAUUCUGCCAGACUACAGUUACAGAAUGGAUUAUCCAGAGAUGGGAGAAUGUGUAAUAAUAAACAAUAAAAACUUCCACAGACAGACUGGGAUGUUACCCCGUUCAGGUACAGAUGCAGAUGCUGCAAGUGUCAGAGAAGUCUUUAUGAAGUUGGGUUAUAAAAUAAAGAUCAACAAUGAUCUUUCAAGCAGGGACAUUUUUAAACUAUUGAAAAAUGUUUCUGAAGAAGACCACAGCAAGCGAAGCAGUUUUGUUUGUGUGUUGCUAAGCCAUGGCGAUGAAGGAUUAAUCUAUGGUACAGAUGGCCCUCUUGAACUGAAAGCACUAACAAGCCUUUUCAGAGGUGACAGGUGCAGAAGUUUAGCAGGAAAACCCAAGCUCUUUUUCAUUCAGGCUUGUAGAGGGACAGAAUUGGAUUCUGGUAUUGAGGCAGACAGUGGAUCAGAAGAAACAAUGUGCCAAAAAAUACCAGUAGAAGCAGACUUCUUGUAUGCAUAUUCUACAGCUCCAGGCUAUUACUCCUGGAGGAAUUCAGCUGAAGGCUCCUGGUUUAUUCAGUCACUGUGUAAAAUGCUGAAGGAACAUGCAAGGAAACUUGAACUCAUGCAGAUUUUAACUCGUGUAAAUCGCAGAGUGGCAGAGUAUGAGUCCUGCUCAACCCGGCAGGAUUUUAAUGCAAAGAAACAGAUUCCGUGCAUUGUCUCUAUGCUCACCAAAGAAUUUUACUUCCCUUGAUAAAGGAAUUUUUCCAUUCAUGUUUUUAUCUGUAAUUUAUAUACAAUGUUAGUAUGGAAUACCACUUUUAAAUCUGAAUUACUGUUCACUACUGUGUGUGGCAUAAUGAACUGUCUCAAAGUUAGCUAUGUCCAUUAUUAAAAGUAAAACAUAGUAUGACUGUGUUAGAAAUGCAAACGAGUAGCUGAAGCAUGGGCAAAUUUGAAAGUUGUGCUCUGAGUAUCUUGAAAAAUUAGGAAGAGGAGACUGAAAAAAGAUCAGAUCACUUAUCAGAUCUAUCUGGUGCUACAUUUCACUUUGAAGGGGUAGAGAAAAAAACAGUUCUUGUAAAUAGUUUCAUUUCAUAUCUUUGCCAGUAGGAAAAAGAUUCAGGACGUGAUAUGUUUAGUAAUGAUGAUAAUAUGAUAGUGAUGGUGUCAUACAUUUCUUCUUAACUCGAAUUCUUAAAGUUUAGGUUAUAAAUAACCUAAACUGUUUUUAUAACUUAGGGCAUAAAUGGUGGAAAACAGCCAUUUCUUUUUUUACAUACAAUUAGGAAGCACCUUUAGAAUAGAGUCCAUUUUUUCCUGAUCAUUUUAUAACUUUUUGUAUGGAAUCUUAGGUAAAGCAAUCAUAUCAACAUGGUAGCUGUUUCAAAAUAAAUUUUGUAUUCUGACCUUGAAGCUGAGUGACUAAGGGACCAGUCUUGCAGAAUUCCUUUUUUUGCAGCUCCUUAAGUGGGGGAGCUGUUGGGGCAUAUUUUGGGCUAUAAGAAUCAGUGCAAAAAGAAGUCUACAUUCUGAUUAGUCUGCUUUCCUCUUUCUGGCCAUAAAUAAGAGUGGGUUUCCUUUGUGCUGUGUGCAUACCACAUUUAAUCUGUGUGGAAACCUAGAUUUGCGAUACUGGAUAAAUUUCACUUCUUUAAUCAAUUUGAGUUAAUUACAUGACUUUAGCCAAAAUAUGCUAACAAAUAGUAAAUUUGUAUUUCUUGACUCUAAAUUUUGUGGGACAGGUUUUUACAAAAUUAUAAAACAUUUUUAUUGAUGUUUCAGCUUGUGGCCAUGUUUUUGAGAGGAAGACAGAAUGGUAAAUGAUUAUAGGGUACUUACAAAACAAGACUUAAAACUCUUGAAAUUCUGUAGCAUAAACAAUGUUAGCAAAUUGAUGGUCACUUCCAGAGGCAUCUGGGGUUUUUUUUUAAAUUAAAUACUGUUUCC